UUUUGAGAAAAUCCUUGGGUUAUUUCAUAUACCUUCGGUUCAGCACAGAAAAUAGAAACCAGUCCACCGCCGGCGCUCCCCCAUUCCACCCGUCAUUCUCAAAUCUUAAGCCGAGUGGUGUUUCUGCAUUUGCUCUCCACUGUUCUUCAAUAUUGUUAUCUACCUCAUUCGUUUGCUGAUCUUUCGGGCGCAAUAUUGUCUGUGAAAACGGCAAGUGCUUUAGCAGGUAGGUUUUGAUGGAGUCGCUGUUAGGAUUUGAAGAAGUGCCGGUAGAGAACGAAGAAGAGCAGUCGUCGACGUACAGCCGCAAAUUGGUACCCUGGUCGACUUGGAGCGAAUGGCUUUUCGUUAGUCAAUCAAUAUUCUCCGACUCACCAGACUCCGUCGCCGCUGCUCUUAGAAGAGUAUCAACAUGGAGAAGCAGAGGAUGUCUUCCAGUUGUCGUCGAAGUUACAGCAGCGAUAAUCGAAAUCCAACAAAAGGAUCCCUACUUCAUAAAGAACCAAUCCCUGGAUGCUUCGGUUGAUGGUAAAGAGGACCAAUUAAACAAUGUUUCACUUUCAGAGGAAGCACUAGCCAUGUUAUAUUGCAUGGCCAUCAUGAGGCUUGUAAAUGGCGUUGUUGAGAAGACACGGAAGAAAACAGAGGUUUCAAUUGCUGUAGCAGCUGAUGCUAUUGGUUUGCCUCGUGUACUGAUUGAUAUUCGUCAUGAGGGCUCCCAUCGUGAUCUUCCAGCUCUUCAGGUGGUUCGCUGUGCCUCAACCAAGGCACUUCGUUGGUUGAGAUCUUAUUAUUGGGAACCUCAGGAGAAAGCUAUUCCAUUUCAAGGUGAUAUAAGUACUACCAUUAGAAAGGAAAUCAAAUCCAGGCUUCGUGAUUUGGCUUUUAAUUUAAAAGUGAAGCAAAAUCCUUCACUUGGAUCUGCCAUGGUCAAGCCAAAACGUUUGAAGACAAAAACUGGCAAGACACUGAAGGUUCUUGUUCAGUUAUAUUCUUCUUUCUCUUCAGAAUUUGUAUCUGUACUGCUGGAAUUAUUGCUAAAGGCAAUGAGGUCAUCUGACUUGAUGUGUUCCGAGAAUUCCCAAAAAUCCAGAAGCACAGUAUUGGAUGGUUGGAAGCUUGUGAUUGCCAAGAUCUCAAAUAAGGAACCAGAAUUGCUUUUAGAACUGCUUGAGGCAGUUCUAGAGAAGAUUGAGACUCGAGAAGGCCUGGAGUAUGAAAGUCAGUACUUCAUGUCCUCAGACCACAGAAUGGAGAGCUGUCAAGUUUCACAACUUUCCUCUUUGUUUGCAUGGCUUGUUGACAAACUUAAGGGGUUGAAACUUAAACGCAAAGGAGAAGUUUUUUAUGGAAAACACAUUCCGAAAGGUAUUUUAAUGGAGGUACUCCGUAAAUGCCUUCUGGCAUCAGCGCCUGGUAACAAGCGGCUUAUGGACUCGGCCACUGAUCUUGCACAGUUAAUGGGUGCCGCUUCUCUGGUGAAGAAACUGAACAAACUAUCUAUUCUGAAUCUACCAAAUUUACCAAAUUCACAUGUUCCCGAAGGAGAAAGUCCCACCCAAACAACUUCAGACAACAGUUUCAACCAAGUGGAGGGAUCUUUCCACGAAGCAAGUCAGAAACUGGAGGCGAUCAAACUCCACAAAAGAAAGAACUUGACGAAUCCAGUAGAUGGUAAUGUAGGAAGUUCCAGCAGAUGGACUAUAGUAAGUUCCUGGACCCCUUGUCCAAUUGGUAUGUUGCCUCGUUCGAUCGGUUCUUCCGGUCGGCUUCCUGUUCUUGACCUCAAUCCGGAGAGCGAAAACACUUCGGAAGAGCCGAGAAGCAAAGAGAACUGUGAACUCAGCAACUAUAGCCACAAGAGGGAAGCCAGUUCUGAUAUUCAGCAACUUGAUAGCUGUAGUGUCAAGAAGCUGAAGGAGACAAAUGAAAAUUUUCAAGCUGAGACAGAAGAUGUUGAGUCAGCUAAAGGCGUGAAAGGGCGCUUGUUGAUAGGUGGGAUAUGGAAAAAAGUUGGGGAGGAGGAAUUAUCCGCCAUUCAGGCUGCUGUGAGGAUAUUAUUAUAAAUUCUUUCAGUUGCUGAGAUUUUUUCUGUCAAAACAAAAUCAUAGCCUCAGAAAUCCGAGUUCCAAAAUUACUUGGAUAAAAUUUUGUCCACGAUAUGUACACAUUCAGUAGGCAAAAAAGUGGUUUAGGUGAUACGCUCAUGUGAAAGCUCGUAGGAUUUUUUUUAAUUAUUUAGCUUAUUAUUAAAAACAUGUGGGAGUGAAAAUUGACUUUCCGACUUCAUAGACUAUGAUAUUCCUUGAAUUAUAUUGGCUCGACUAUGUUUUAACCAGUCGAGUUAGGUUGUCAA